CGUGAAGGCAGCUUCCUGCCUCACCGGUAGUGACAUCAUUUUUCUGUCAGACGGAGCAGACGCGGCUAAGCUAGCAGGUUAGCAAUGUCAGGCUUAGAAGAAAGUUCACAUGAGUCUGUGGAGGUGAAGGAAAACAACGAGUUGGAUGCUGACGUCGAGGACCAACUCGGGGACGAUUAUGCUGUUGACCCAACUCGAUAUAUAUUUUACAGGGACAGAAAGGAGUGGGCAGACCUGGAGCCAGUUCCUCAGGAUGAUGGACCAAAUCCUGUGGUGAAGAUCGCCUACUCUGAGAAGUUCUCAGAUGUUUAUGACUAUUUCCGUGCACUCCUGAAGAACGAUGAGAGAAGUGACCGGGCUUUCACCUUGACAGCAGAAGCCAUUGAGCUAAAUGCUGCAAAUUACACAGUGUGGCACUACCGACGAGUAUUACUUCAAGCCCUUUCAAAGGACCUGAGGGAUGAGAUGAAUUACAUUACUGCCAUCAUCGAGGAGCAACCCAAAAACUAUCAAGUCUGGCAUCACAGACGUAUGGUGGUGGAGUGGUUAAAUGACCCUUCAGAGGAAUUGGAGUUCAUUGCAGACAUCCUCAGCCAAGAUGCGAAGAAUUACCACGCUUGGCAGCACAGGCAGUGGGUCAUCCAGGAGUACAAACUGUGGGAUAAUGAGCUGGAGUUUGUGGAGAAUCUUUUGGAAGAAGAUGUGAGGAAUAACUCUGCAUGGAAUCAGAGGCAUUUCGUAAUUUCUCAAACCACAGGUUUCUCUGAUCCGACCAUAGUGGAGAGAGAGAUUCAGUAUUGUCUGAACCAGAUCAGGAAGGCUCCCCACAAUGAAAGCGCAUGGAACUAUUUGAAAGGGAUGCUGCAAGACAGAGGUCUGUCAUCUCAGCCUGGUCUGCUGGAGAGAGUCCUGGAGCUGAAGGACACGCACUGUUCUCCUUACCUUCUGGCAUUCCUGUUUGAUUGCUAUGAGGAUGUCUUGGAGAGCAGCAACCAAAAUGAAAAUGUAGAGGAAGAAGAACGAAAGGGAACUUUAAGAAAAGCUCUAGAGAUCUGUAGACUUCUAGCGCAGGAGAAGGACACCAUUCGAAAAGAGUACUGGCUGUUUUUGGGGAGUUCUUUAAAGAGCAAAUAUGGAAGCAGUGAUAACUCCGACGAGAACAUGGCAGACAACCCUGAACCCACAGUCCCAUCUGUGCAUCAAGAAACAAGCUAGACCUCCAGGGGACUCGCACCAUCUCCACUCCUGUGCUGCUUCGUCAGUGCUGUUGGCAGAACCAGUCCACGCAGUUUCAUAUUAAUGUAAAUGUUCAAUAUUGUUGAGUAUGUUUCUUACAGUAAUCACUAAUAUGAGGUCAUCUAGGGAAAGGCACUGAGACUGAAGGUAAAUAUACAAAUUCAAGAGUCUCCCACUUACUAAAAAUCUCUCACACUGAAAUCAGUAAGAAGUGAUCAUGUAAUUACACAUCAGGCAGUUUCAUACAUCCUGGAACAGUUUUUGAAUGUUGUCAGAUGUAGUCAGAGAAUUCUUCCUUUUUUAAUGAAGGCAAACACAUUGUGAAACAAAGACUUGGUGAUAAAACUGCGAGUGGUUUGUGAAACUAAUUUAGCAGUGCUAAUAAAGCAGAUGAGAGAUGAAAUGCAGUGGUUUGUUGCUGCUCUGAUCGAUGACUCAUAACUUUGUCUUAUUUUUCUCUUCUGUAGCAGUUCAAAUCAAAUGUACUUUAUUGAGAAAAAACAGUACUCAAGGACAUAUCAUGUAAGACCCAGAAUAAUAAUGCAGCAUAAAAGUGUGUAGUUCUUGAGUUGCACUAAACGAGCCACCUUCUCUGUGA